AUGUCCAAGGAAGAAACCAUUGAAGCCAAGGCCAGGGCUCUCCAUGAGCACAUCUUCUCAAAGCCAGAGGAUAGAUACGCCGGCAAGCCCUGGGAUCUCGUGAAUGCCAUCAAUGAGUUCGCGGACGAAAGCCGCAUGAUGACUUUCAAAAAUGCCAAGAUUGAAGCUUCGAGGCAGCAAAUAGCAAAGAUUCAACCAACCCCAAAGACCUUUAUUGAAUUCGGUGGAUAUGUUGGUGCCUCAGCCAUCGCCUGGGGCGUCAUCUUGCGUGAACUCAACAAUGCAGAUAACGCAGUUGACGUCAAUGUAUACACAUUUGAGCUGAGCCCGGUCAACGCUGGUGUUGCACGGGAGCUCAUUCGGCUAGCAGGCUUGGAGGGCACCGUGCAUGUUCUCGAAGGACCAGCUGCAGACUCACUGAGAAGACUGUUCGAAGAGGGGAAGGUAGAGAAGGGAGGCGUGGAUGUAGCCUUUUUCGACCACUGGGAGCAGUUCUAUCUCCCGGAUCUGCAGCUUUGCGAGGAUCUAGGCUUGUUCAGGAAGGGCUCCAAAGUCAUUGCUGAUAACACAGAUUUCCCCGGUGCUCCUGCCUACCUUGAGUAUGUGAAAUCUGGUGGAAGGCAAGGUGGGUCUUAUCACUAUGAGACUGAGUCAUUUGAGACUACCUCGAAUCGUGGUCCCAGCAUUGUCGAGGUUAGCAGUGUUGUUGGUGUUCAGGCCGUCUUCUCACUCAUCAUCAUCAAUAAAGCCGGUGGUCUAGUCUAUCAGCGUGAAUUCCAGCCCGGCCUGCGCAAGCUUUCCACAAAUGAUUAUCUCGUCCUAGCUGGUACAUUUCACGGUGUUCAUGCCAUUACUCGCACGAUAACCCCCAAGCUCCCCCUUUCUACGGCCCCGACGACAGCAACUACCCCGACUUCCUCCAAUAUACCCUCAACCCCUGGCACACCCACUCCGCCUACUCCGGCGUCAGCGUUCACGUUUCCCAACCCGGGGAUUCCAGCGACGGGUCUCGAAAGCCUUGAGACGGAUAAGUUCCGAUUGACAUGUUUCCAGACGUUGACGGGGACGAAGUUCCUUCUAUUCACGGAUCCGAUGAUGGGGAAUAUCGAUGUUGUUAUGAAGAAGGUGUACGAGUUGUAUGCGGAUUAUGUGAUGAAGAACCCUUUCUAUCAACUCGAGAUGCCGGUCAGAUGUGAGGCGUUCGAUCGACAUCUUGCGGGGUGGUUGAGGGGGAGGACCUGA